UAUUUAACUCAAACGUCAUCUCUAAUCGACGCAGUGAGGUGAUCUCAAUGGCACUAGAGUCAAAAUUGGAAGGCAUGUAUAUUAUGUUUUGUUAGUAAAAAUGAUUAACAUGUUCCGGAGCGGGCUGAAUGUUUGCUGCCUUACGCUUGGUAAACGGUUAUCUUCAACGUUUGCCGGAGAAAGUGCGCUGCCAACCAACCUGCUAAUUCCACCGAACCUGGUUGAAGUCCAGCGCAGACUUCGGCCAUUGCCAACGGACUCAAAUGUCCCAGUGCUGCACAAGUGUGAAGCAACGAUUGCGCGGCAUCUGCGUCCCAGGCAGACAUGGCUGGAGUCCUUGAGAAGUCGCGAGGAGGACCAGCUGGGUAUAGUCGAGCUUCACCCAGAUGUCUUUGCUGUGCACCCCAGAAUUGACAUACUGCAUGCAGUUGAAGUCUGGCAGAGAAAUUUCAAAAGAAUCAGCCACGCUAAAGUAAAGAGCAGAGCAGAAGUGAGCGGCGGGGGGAGGAAGCCCUGGGCCCAGAAGGGCAGUGGCCGCGCACGGCAAGGCAGCAUCAGGUCACCGCUCUGGAGGGGAGGUGGUAUCUCUCACGGCCCUAGAGGACCAACAAGUUACUAUUAUAUGCUGCCCAUGAAGGUGCGAGUCAUGGGACUGAAGGUGGCCCUGACGUCUAAGCUGGCUCAGGGCUAUCUUCAUGUUGUGGAUAAUCUGGAGAUGCCAACCCCUGAGCCGGAGUUCCUGCUGGACAUUGUACGGCACAGGCAGUGGGGCGAGUCUGUGCUCCUUGUAGACGCCAAUGAAACCUUUCCUGAAAACCUGCUCCAAGCAACAGCAGGUUUAAAGACGGUGAAUGUUCUUCCAGCCAUUGGUCUGAACGUUCACAGCAUGCUGAAGCACGAUAGCCUGGUGCUCACGCUGGACGCUGUGAAGUUUCUGGAGAAGAAGCUGCUGUGGCAUGACUCACGGUUCACGCCGCUGUACCCCUUCAAGCUCCCCUACAGGGACUUCCCCUAAAUACGGCACCACUCAACAGUUUAAAAACAUUGUGUAUAAAUAUUUAAAUAAAAUGCUCAGCAUCUAA